GUUAGCACUUCAUGAGCGACCGCGCCAGUAAAGCCCUUGCAGAGGCGUCUUUGCCAGGAGAACCUCAAACGUACGAUGCUAGAUCCAAACGCAGCGGAGUCCCUCUGGCUACUCUUUAUUAUCGUGAUUAUGGGCGGCGCUCGAAAGAAGAAAAGGCCGAAGGCCAAUAGUAUUUUAGUCCAUUAAAGGAGAAAGCCCUUGAAAGGUAUUUGAAACAGAUGGCUGACCUUGUGAAUCCUGUGCGAAUUAAGUUUCUCCCAUCCCUUGCCUUUAAUAUCGCCCGCCGGCGUUCUACAACGAACAAAGCGACUAAGCCUCCGAGUAAGAACUGGGCUCAAGCCUUCCAAAAGCGUCAUCCGGCAUUAAAAUCACAACGAAUGAAGGCGAUGGACUGGAACCGCCAUGAUAGAAAC